AUGGGUCCGCCCCUGUUCAUUGGUCCGCCGUGGCCCCGCCCUUUUCUGGGACCCCCCCGUCAUCCCUUCGCCACGGCCCCGCCCCCUGCUAUUCAGCCCUCCAUGGCCACGCCCCUUUCUGGCACCCUCCCCGCUCAUUGGCCCGCCGCGGCCCCCCAGGCCACGCCCCUUUCUGACACCGUCCCCUGGUCAUCGCUUCUCCAUGACCCCCGCCCCCUGCUUAUUGGCCCGCCAUGGUCCCGCCCCUCAGCCCCGCCCCCUGCUCAUUGCUCCGACACGGCCAGGCCCCUAUCUGGCCCCGCCCCUAGGCCACGCCCCUUUAUGGGCCCGCCCCUGUUCAUUGGCCACGCCCCUUUACGGCCCCGCCCCCUGGUCAUCGCUUCGCCAUCCCCCGCUUAUCGGUCCACCGUAGUCCCGCCCCUCGGCCCUGCCCCCUGCUCAUUGGCCCGCCAUGGCCCCCUGGGACACGCCCCUUUCCGCCCCGCCCCCGCUCAUUGGCCCGCCGUGGCCCCGCCCCUCGGCCGUCGCUUCGCCACGCCCCCUUUCUGGCCCCGCCCCUGCUUAUCGGUCCGCCUCAUGCACCGCGGCCUACCCGGAAGCCCGCGAUUCGGAAGGGGGAUGCGCAAGGCCGAGGCCGCUCCCGCCCCCCUCCGAAACUACAAAUCCCAGCAUGCACCGCGGCCUACCCGGAAGCCCGCGAUUCAGACGGGGGAUGCCAUGCACCGCGGCCUACCCGGCAGCCCGCGGUUCGAACGGGGCAUGCGCAUGGCGGAGGCCGCUCCCGCCCCCCCUCCACCGCGCAGCCCCCGAAACUACAAGUCCCAGCAGGCACCGCGGCGCCCCGGCAGGCAUCCCGCGCGGGCGCGGGGCAGCGCCGACGUCCCGUCCGGAAUGCCGCGGCGCCCGGCCCGGAGUUCCGGCGCCCGGCCGGGCCGCGACGGGAGGUGCGGCGCCGGGGCUCCGCGCUGA